GAUUCUUACUCGAUUCUUAUCUGAUUCUUACGAAAUUCGUGCAACUUUCGUGCCACUUCUUAUAUACGAAUCUGAUAAGAAUCGGAUAAGAUUCUUAUCAGAAAUUUCAAAAAAAGUUUGUCUAGGGGAAUCUCUUAGUUUUCAAUUUUCUUCUGAAAGUGAAAGUAAAUGCAAUAAGAGUUCAGACAAUAUUAGUUAUUAACCGUGACCUAUUUAAAUUUCUGUUUAUUUUUCUAUUUUAGAUGCCAACGUUAUCAACUACUGCUAGUCAACCGCCAAAAUUAGUUCUAGAAGGUAACAAAUGGGUAGUUGAGUAUCAACAUAAUCAACCCAAUCUGAAAAUUGAUGAGACAAAUAUGAAACAUACCGUUUAUAUUUAUAAAUGUACAAAUUCAACAAUACGUAUUGUUGGAAAAGUCAAUUCAAUCGUCCUUGAUUCCUGUACAAAAGUUGGACUUCAAUUUGAUAGUGUUGUAUCAUUAGUAGAAUUUAUUAAUUGUAAAUCGACCAAACUGCAAGUAAUAGAUUUCGUUCCAACCAUUCAAAUUGAAAAGACGGAUGGUUGUCACAUUUAUUUAUCUAAAAAAUCAUUACAAACUGAAUUUAUAACAUCAAAAUCUUCUGAAAUGACCGUUAAUGUGCCAUUUGGUGAUGGUGAAUAUCGAGAAAUUCCUGUACCAGAACAAUUUAAAACAAAAUUAAAUCCAGGUGAAAAAAGUUUAACAACAGUUCCAAACGAAUCAGCUGGCGUUUGA